AUGGGGCGGCUGUUUAUAGAGACGCUGAGUGGGCCAAGGAUCUUCAAGUGCAGGUAUUGCAAGGUGGACUCUGCGUCCCGCGACGACGUCGUUUCCAAGGAGUUUCAGGGCCGUUAUGGCAGAGCCUAUCUCUUCAGGAAUGUGGUAAAUAUAUCUCUUGGGCCUAUUGAAGAGAGGCAACUCAUUAGCGGAUUGCAUACUGUGAACGACGUAUAUUGUAGCUCUUGCCAGCAAAUUAUGGGCUGGAAAUAUGACAAGGCUUAUGAGCCAAGCCAAAAGUAUAAAGAAGGAAUGUACAUCCUAGAGAGGGAACGGAUGCUGAAGGAGGGUUGGUGA